AAUCGCGAACGAAUGGAUCGCGAACUUGUGUAAUCAAUUUCGAAGGAUUUUAAAACAAAUGAAUUAAUGGAAAGUUUGAUUAAAUUUAUUUAGCGAACUCUUUCGAUAAUUUUUUUAUCAGUUCUGUGUUCCGGUAGCACUGAAACAGAUAAAGAAAUCCACGCACGUAAAACCCGACUCGAAACAGAAAUCAACAAAUUAAUCUAGUCAAUUUUAUAUUAAUAUUACGAAAUGAAAUAAGCUUAACAUAAUCAAGUGUGGAAUAUUUUAUUUUGUACUUACUUAGUUUUUACCACAUAAAUUUAAUAAUUAUAAGCGUACAAAAUGCAGAUACUCAAAGCUAGAUUCGCUCUGCGCGCCUCGGCCUCUCAGAUUCAAGCCUGGUGUUGCUCGAAAAGUCGCACUGCCGCUACGGAUUCAAAAGCAGUGGAAUACAAGCCGAUCCGAAGUGUGUUGGUCGCGAAUCGCGGGGAGAUAGCCAUCAGAGUGUUCAGAGCAUGCACCGAGCUGGGUAUCCGGUCCGUGGCGAUCUACAGCGAGCAAGACCGGCUGCAGAUGCACAGACAAAAAGCGGAUGAAUCAUACUUGGUCGGCAAAGGUCUACCUCCAGUGGAGGCUUACCUCAGCAUCCCGGAGAUCAUCCGAGUGGCCAAGGAGAACGAUGUGGACGCCGUGCACCCGGGAUACGGGUUAUUGUCUGAGAGGUCAGACUUCGCUCAGGCUAUCAUCGAUGCGGGGCUGCGAUUCAUCGGGCCCUCGCCCAAAGUGGUUCAACAGAUGGGAGACAAAGUUGCCGCGAGGAAAGCAGCUAUUGACGCGAAGGUCCCAAUCGUGCCGGGUACCGACGGUCCCGUAACCACAAAAGAAGAAGCGAUGGAAUUCUGCAAGCAACACGGUCUACCUGUUAUAUUCAAGGCGGCCUACGGCGGUGGGGGUCGCGGUAUGCGGGUAGUCCGGGAAAUGGACGAGGUGGCUUCGUCCUUCGAGCGGGCCUCGUCCGAAGCCCUGGGCGCCUUCGGCAACGGCUCCAUGUUCAUCGAGAGGUUCAUCGAGAGGCCGCGGCACAUUGAGGUGCAGUUGCUGGGAGACAAAGCCGGCAACGUAGUACAUCUAUAUGAGAGAGACUGCUCAGUUCAGCGCAGACAUCAGAAAGUUGUGGAGAUUGCGCCCGCGCCCCGGCUGGAUCCUGACACUAGACAAAAAAUGGUGGAUUGCGCGGUCCAUUUAGCAAGAUACGUGGGCUACGAGAACGCUGGCACUGUGGAGUUCCUUCUCGAUGACAAGAACAACUUCUACUUCAUUGAGGUCAACGCUAGAUUGCAAGUGGAACACACGAUCACAGAGGAGGUGACGGGCAUCGACCUGGUGCAGUCGCAGAUCCGCGUGGCCGAGGGCAUGACGCUGCCCGAGCUGGGGCUCACGCAGGACAGGAUCCGCGCCCAGGGCUCCGCCAUCCAGUGCCGCGUCACCACGGAGGACCCCGCCAACAACUUCCAGCCCAGCACCGGCAGGAUUGAGGUGUUCAGAUCCGGCGAAGGCAUGGGCAUUCGCCUUGACUCGGCGUCUACGUACGCCGGCGCUGUGAUCUCCCCUUACUACGACUCACUGCUUGUCAAAGUGAUAUCCCACGCGCAAGAUUUACCGGCUUCUGCGGCUAAAAUGAACCGCGCGCUGCGAGAGUUUCGGAUCCGCGGGGUGAAGACCAACAUACCGUUCCUGCUGAACGUGUUGGAGAACCAGAAGUUCCUCAAUGGCGCUGUGGACACGUACUUCAUCGACGAGCACCCCCAACUCUUCAUGUUCAAGCAGUCCCAGAACCGAGCCCAGCGAAUCCUGAACUACCUGGGACAAGUUCUGGUCAACGGGCCCGCUACACCGCUGGCCACGAACAUACCGCCCAGUGACGUCACGCCGUACAUACCGCCCGUGCCGUUAGACCCCUCUGGGAGUGACCUUUCCCGUGAAGCGAUUAAAAAGCAGGAGCUGACUGGUGAAAAUACAGUGAUCGCCCCGCCGCGUGGCUACAAGCAGAUCCUGAAAGAAGGAGGGCCAGAAGCCUUCGCCAAAGCAGUGAGACAACACAAAGGUGUCCAACUAAUGGACACGACCUUCAGGGACGCCCAUCAGUCGCUGUUGGCGACCAGGGUUCGAACCCACGACCUGCUGGCCGUGUCGCCGUACGUGGCGCACAACUUCAGCAAUCUAUACUCGCUGGAGAACUGGGGCGGCGCCACUUUCGAUGUCGCUCUUAGAUUCCUGCACGAGUGCCCGUGGGAGCGCCUGCGGGAGAUGCGGCGGCUGAUCCCGAAUAUCCCGUUCCAGAUGUUGUUGCGCGGAGCCAAUGCGGUGGGCUACACCAACUACCCGGACAAUGUGGUGUUCAAGUUCUGCGAGAUGGCGGUAAAAGAAGGCAUGGACAUCUUCCGCGUGUUCGACUCCCUCAACUACCUCCCCAACCUGAUCCUGGGCAUGGAAGCGGCGGGCAAAGCCGGGGGCGUGGUGGAAGCCGCCAUCUCUUACACGGGAGACGUGUCCGACCCCAGCAAGAAGAAAUACGACCUCAAGUACUACCUGGGUUUGGCUGAUGAGCUGGUCAAAGCUGGCACCCAUGUGCUGUGCAUCAAAGAUAUGGCUGGGCUGCUGAAGCCUCAGGCUGCUGAACUCCUCAUAACGGCGAUCCGCGACAAGCACCCUGACGUGCCUAUCCACGUGCACACGCACGACACGUCGGGCGCGGGCGUGGCGGCGCUGCUGGCGUGCGCGCGCGCCGGCGCCGACGUGCUGGACGUGGCCGUGGACGCCGUGUCCGGCCUCACCAGCCAGCCCAGCAUGGGCGCCGUCGUGGCCUCGCUGCAGGGCACCCCUCUGCACACCAACAUUCCCCUGCAAACCGUAUCAGAAUACUCCGCGUACUGGGAGCAAGCGAGGACUCUGUACGGCCCGUUCGAGUGCACGGCCACCAUGAAGUCCGGCAACGCGGACGUGUACCUCAACGAGAUUCCCGGGGGACAGUACACCAAUCUGCAGUUCCAGGCCUUCUCCCUGGGUCUGGGAAGCCAGUUUGAGGAGGUCAAGAAGGCAUACAGGGAAGCGAACCUCCUCCUAGGCGACAUAAUCAAAGUGACCCCCUCGUCCAAAGUGGUGGGCGACCUGGCCCAGUUCAUGGUGCAGAACAAGCUGUCGGCCGCCGACAUCGAGGCGCGCGCCGAGGAGCUCUCCUUCCCCAAGUCCGUGGUGGAGUUCCUGCAGGGCGCCAUCGGGGUGCCUCACGGGGGGUUCCCGGAGCCGCUCAGGUCUAAGGUGCUAAAGGACAUGCCCAGAAUCGAAGGUCGCCCUGGACAAGAGCUGCCUCCUCUGGACUUCGACAAGCUGAAGAAGGACAUACAAGAGACUUACCCACACGUGACGGACAACGACGUGAUGUCAGCGGCGAUGUACCCGCAAGUGGCCAACGACUACUUCCGCAUCCGGGACAAGUACGGGCCUGUCACGCUGCUGGACACCAAGACCUUCCUCACUGGGCCCACGGUCGGCGAAAGAAUAGAAGUGAAAAUCCAGCGCGGCAAAACUUUGGACAUCAAGACAUUGGCCGUGUCUGAGGAGAUGACGGCCGCCGGCGAGCGGGAGGUGUUCUUCGAGCUCAACGGGCAGCUGCGCUCUGUGUUCAUCAGGGACGAGAACGCUAGCAAGGAAAUGAAGAUCCACCCGAAGGCGGUGAAAGGUGACAAGAACCAAGUGGGUGCGCCGAUGCCAGGAACCGUACUCACCAUCAAGGUAAAAGAAGGUGACAAAGUGGAGAAAGGUCAGCCCAUCGCCGUGCUGUCCGCCAUGAAGAUGGAGAUGAUCGUGCAGGCGCCGCGGGCGGGCUCUGUCCAGGCCGUGCUCAUCACCAACGGGCAGAAGUUGGAGGGGGACGACCUCAUCUGCACCAUCGAAUAACUUUACUACACAGCUCUGAGCUUAAAUUGUAAACGGUCCAAAAGGCUUAAGUGGUUUCAUUGGACUGAACUAGGCGUAAUUACGAAACAAUUAUAUUUUUGUGUUAUGUCAAACGUUUCGUCAAAAUGAUAAAAGUAAUACGUUUAAUCGAAAUUGUGAUCCUAGAAACAGAACCGACUGAUUAGAAUCAAAUUCCCAAAGAGUCAAAUUUGCCUUUUAAUUUUGUUAACAUUUAAAUAGCUAAAACAAAUUCCUUUUAGACAUAAGUUCUUAUUUAAAAACCAUUACUGUCAUAAUAAUUGUCUUGUAAUUACGCUUAAAAAAGAAUAUUUUAUGAUAAUUUUUCCUGGAAAACUUUGCACGAACUUUGAAACAAAUAAAUAAAUCCGGAUCGAUGUAAAACGCCGCUCGGUCUAGUCUUAGUUUGAGUGAAAUCAUGUGAUAUUAUUAGGAUCCCGUGUGAAUGUUGAUUUGAGCACGUUUUCACAUCCUUUGGCAGUAACGCACAUUGUGUUAUGCGAUCAUUUCAUUAUUGGCGAAAUAAUUGUUAAUAAAAAUAUAUCUAUCUAUAUAUAUAUAUAUAUAUAUUGUGUUCAUGUGGUUUAGUAAAAAUAAUUUAAUAUAAAGCAAACAUCUUUUCCACUAUGUUAAAAUAAGUUCUUAUUUUCAAAUAGCUUUUACAAACUAUUUUUAUAAAUACACGCGUCAUUUUACACGCUACGUACAAAGGGUAUUAUUAUUAACGUUACUUUAAAUAGUGAAUAUGUAUAUCUAGCUUAUACGCUUGUGCGUUAUUGUCUUUAGUGGAAAACAACGACUGAAAUAACUAUUUUUACUUUUCUAUCAAAAUUGAGAUUAUAUAUUUUACCUUGAAAACUAUUUCUACAAUGAUCUUUGUAAAGACUAUUUAUAUAUCAAUUUGGUUUAUAUAUGAAAUUUUAAGAAUUUAUAUCCUGUGAUACACCACUAUGCAAUAGUGUGCAAAUCAGUGACUUAACUUCUCCAUCACAGUACAAGAAGUCUUAUUUGUAAGGUGAAACCUUUCAUAAUAGGUUUAGUCAUUCCGUCUUUGGAAUUAAGUUCAACAUCACAAAAGACAAUUUAUUGUUAUUUUUAUGGCGUCACGCCACUUCCUGAUGUAUGUUGGUGCUUUUUGUUAUCGAAUUGUUGUUUUUAUUUUCAACGCGUUUAUUUUUAAGUGAAAUAAAAUUAUUUACAUUUA